CAGAGUCAUAUGCGAGCAGUAGAAUGGAGGAAGAGGCUGUGGAAUCGAGGAAGAGUAGAAAGGAGCAAGAAAGAGAAAGAAGGCGUCUAAGAGACAGAGAAAGAAGACAAUCUAUGAGCCAAGAUGAGAGGGAAAAGCAUUUGGCUAGGCGCCGCAAAAACUAUCAGCUGCGAAGGCAGAGAGCUGAGAUCAACCGUCUUGACUCUCAGAUCCAACCAAUCACUGGAGGCAGCCAGGGAGCAGUGAAUUCACCGCCUGAUUCUGGAGCCAGCUUGGUUGAGUCGUCUGAUCAGAGUGUGGGAAUACCAGUGGAGGAGCUAGCUAAAAUGAUGGGUACUAUAAGGCUGAGCCGUCUGAAACAUCUGGCUAGGACAUUGAAUAAGUCCAGUACUAAUGGUGCAGAGUCGAGCAACACAGGAGCAACAGACGCAAAGACAAGAUGUGCAAUGUCAAGUGGGCUACGUUUGAGUCGGAUGAAACGACUGGUAAGAUCAAAGGGCCAGCAAGAGGGGUCCUUGUCACAUUCCCAAACGCAAGAACCUGAGCUUCAAUAG